GUUUAAUUGAAGUAUGCAGAUCACCACGUGCACUCUCAGACUCUCGGUGCACUCUGAUAAGUGAUAACUAAUUUGUUUGAAGUUGAAUGGAAUGGAAGUAAUAAAUAAUUAUUGAAUGUGGUAAGUGGUAUGUUGUAUCGAUUGUCGAGUGAUUUUGAGGUAUACAUAUAUUGUUCGCUAAUGAAAGCAGCUCUUGUUCUGUGAAAUCAAAUCAUCAACAUGGAGUAUGUAACUUUCAACCAAACUCAAGGGAAACCCCGAAUAUUGUGUUGUAAGUGUGGUGUUCCUAUUGAACCAAACGCUGCAAAUAUGUGCAUCGGGUGUAUUCGAACUCAGGUUGACAUAACUGAAGAAAUUCCCAAACAAGUGACGUUACAAUUUUGCAGAAAUUGUGAAAGAUACUUCGAACCGCCCAGUGAGUGGAUAUCUUGUGCAUUAGAAUCGCGUGAACUACUGACCAUAUGCCUAAAUCGCCUCAAAGGUCUGAAUAAGGUGAAACUUAUCGAUGCUGGAUUCAUUUGGACUGAACCACAUUCCAAAAGGAUCAAGGUUAAACUGACUGUGCAAGCUGAAGUUAUGGGAGGCGCAAUUUUACAACAAGUUUUUGUUGUAGAAUAUACUAUAGCUAACCAGAUGUGUAAUGAUUGUCAUAGGUCAGAAGCUCAAGAUUAUUGGAAAGCUUUGGUACAAGUUCGUCAAAAAGCUGAAAAUAAAAAAACAUUUUUCUAUUUGGAACAACUGAUUUUGAAACACAAGGCCCACGAUAACACUAUCGGGAUAAAGCCAACCCACGGAGGAUUAGAUUUUUUCUAUUCUACCGAAGCCAAUGCUCGCAAAAUGGUCGACUUUUUAACCGCUUUAUUGCCGUGCCGAUAUCAACAUUCGAAACGAUUAAUAUCGCACGACAUUCAUAGUAAUACUUACCAUAAUAAAUUCACGUACAGCGUUGAAAUCGUACCCGUCUCCAAGGAUAGUGUUGUAUGUUUGUCGAAAAAAACUGCCAAUCAAUUGGGCGGUAUUAACUCGUUAUGUGUUGUAAAUCGAGUGACUAGUGCUAUUCACCUGAUAGAUCCGUCUUCCGCGCAAAUUGCCGAAGUUACGAGCACCAAUUUUUGGCGAGAUCCAUUCAAUGCAGUCUGUAAUCCCAAACAACUAACUGAAUUUAUCGUGAUGAAUGUUGAACCUAUAAUGGAUAAAGAUCGAAGAUAUUUCCCUGGUCAAGGAACCGUGUCCAAUAAACAUGUCUUAGCUGAUAUAUGGGUUGUGAAGGCUUCCGAUUUGGGAAUCACUGAAACGACUAUACAUACUCGAUCGCAUUUAGGUCAUUUGUUGAAACCUGGAGAUUCAGCCUUGGGAUAUGCGAUAGGAGACAGCAACAUUAAUGAUGACAAUUUCGAAAAACUGUCACCCGAAUUUGUACCGGACGUAAUUCUAGUAAAAAAACACUACCCCGAAAGAAGACGACACCGCAUUUGGAGACUUAAACAUUUGCAAGGCGAUCCAUUCAAUUUGGGUGAAACGCAAAGAGACUACGACGAAUUUAUGGAUGAUUUAGAAGAAGAUCGAGAGUACAGACAAACCGUUAAUAUUUACAAAAAAUCGAAAGUCUUACCUGUUGACGUCGAUGAUAUGGAAGAUCCCAACGAACCCUGUAUUACCUUGGAAGAGAUGCUGGACGAUUUAAAUAUCGACGAAGACAACAUGUCAUCUUGAAAUUGUUGUUAAAAUGUUAUCGUCUGCCGAUUAUAAAUCGCCACGAA